GCGAGCAACCCAUGUCAAACCGCAGGCGCCGCAGCACGCGCCACCCCGUAUGACCAUGACAACACACACACUUUGACACUCUCAUAUCUUCCCCCAUCUUUCUUCACCAGACCAACGCACUGGCACAGCACCACAACUUCACCAACCAGCAAGUAAAAUCGAUAGCCGAUCAAGAGGGAUGAACGCGGACUACGGCGCGCCCACGGCGCUGGCGGGGCCCCUGCAGCAGAGGCGGGCGCUGUACCAGCCCCGCCUCCCACCCUGCCUCCAGGGAGCGACGGUGAGGGCGGAGUACGGCGAGGCGACCACCACCAUCGACCCCGCCGGCGCGCACGCCGUCGCCCAGGCCUUCCCGCGCACCUACGGCCAGCGGCUCGUCACUUUCCUCGCGCCGGACGACGCCGCCGGGGCUGACAAGGCUGCCGUCCACGAGCGCCCGCCCAUCAGGGUGGGUGUGGUCUUCUCCGGGAGGCAGUCACCCGGAGGCCACAAUGUGGUCUGGGGCCUCCAUGAUGCUCUCAGGGCUUACAAUCCCCACAGUGUUCUCUACGGAUUUAUUGGUGGGACUGAGGGGCUGUUUGCAAACAAGACAUUGGAGAUCACAGAUGAUGUUCUUGCUUCAUACAAGAACCAGGGUGGUUUCGAUCUGCUGGGCAGGAGUAUUGACCAGAUCCGCUCGAGUAAGCAAGUGAGCGCCGCUAUGACUACGUGCCACAAUCUUAACUUGGAUGGCCUGGUCAUUGUUGGAGGAGUGACUUCCAAUUCAGAUGCUGCACAGCUCGCGGAGACCCUUGUCCAAAAAAACUGUAAGACCAAGGUCGUUGGUGUGCCUGUUUCACUGAACGGCGAUCUCAAAAACCAGUUUGUCGAGACAACUGUUGGAUUUGAUACAGUGUGCAAGGUGAAUUCUCAGCUUAUAAGUAAUGUUUGCCUGGAUGCAAUCUCGGCUGGAAAGUACUACUAUUUUGUUCGUCUGAUGGGUCGAAAAGCGUCUCAUGUCGCCUUAGAAUGUGCACUCCAAUCACACCCAAACAUGCUUAUCAUGGGAGAGGAGGUGGCAUUGUCAAAACUCACACUGAUGGAGGUUAUAAACAAGAUAUGUGACGGAGUACAAGCAAGGGCAGAAUUAGACAAAUACCAUGGUGUGCUCCUUAUACCAGAGGGGCUGAUAGAAAGCAUUCCAGAAAUGUAUGCGCUCAUUCAGGAAAUCAGUAUCCUGCACAACAAUAAUGUGCCUGUUACAGAGAUACCAACACAACUGUCUCCGUGGGCAGCAGCACUGUUCCAGUUCUUACCACCCUUCAUCAGAAGAGAGCUCCUCCUCCAUCAAGAAUCUGACAACUCUGCCCAGCUGUCCCAGAUUGACACUGAGCAACUGUUAGCUCACUUGGUAGAAGCAGAAAUGAUAAAAAGAACGAAAGAAGGUAGAUACAAGGGAAAGAAGUUCAGUUCAGUCUGCCAUUUCUUUGGAUAUCAGGCUCGAGGAUCCCUACCGUCAAACUUUGACUGUGACUAUGCUUAUGUUCUUGGCCAUAUCUCCCUGCAUAUGAUAGCAGCUGGUUUGACUGGCUACAUGGCAACUGUGGCUAAUCUCAAGGACCCUGUAUACAAGUGGCGAUGUGCUGCUGCCCCACUAACCGCAAUGAUGAGUGUCAGGAGGCAUUUACGUGGCCCUGGGGCAAUUCCUAUUGGAAAGCCUGCCAUUCAUCCUUCUCCUAUCGACCUGAAAGGGAAGGCAUAUGAGUUGCUACGAGAGAAAGCGUCGAGCUUUCUCCUGGAUGACUUCUACAGGACUCCUGGAGGUAUUCAAUUUGAAGGACCUGGUUCGGAUGCAAAGCCCAUCACACUGACCAUUGAAGACCAGGACUACAUGGGCGACAUCGAAAUGCUAAAGCUAUAUCUUGACAAGGUGAAGACGAUCGUUAAGCCCGGUUGCUCGAGGGAUACCCUCAAAGCGGCGAUAAGCUCGAUGAUCUCGGUGACACAUGUGCUCACAGUGAUGUCCCACCCUCUCAAUACCGAGCUGCCUCUCUACCAUUUCAACUGAGCGUGAAUCACUGCAUCUGAAUUACAGGAGGCUGCCUUCCUGUUUUCCUUUGUGUUCCUUUUCUGAAGAACAGGCAAACGUCGAAAUAAUAGUAUCCUUAUGUGA